GCAUCUUGAAUCCAAUCUUCCUAUAAAAGAAGGAUCUGUUAUUAAACCUUAUCUUUUACGAGCGUCGAUGAGUUUUCUCGUAACCAACAUUGAAGAUACAACAUAUCUCUCUAAAGCACUUCCAAAUCAAAUAUUUUUGUCCGAUAUAAUAUUCAUUCCAGUAAAUGACAAGCAGAAUUUAGAAAGUUUUGUAGGAGGAACUCAUUGGUCCUUAUUGGUUUAUGUCAAAGCGAAUAAUAAAUUUCUGUAUUACGAUAGUGCUAGUAAUUAUAAUAUCAGUUCUGCUAAUAAAUAUUCUGAUAAAAUUGCUAGGGUUCUGGGAAUCGAAGGAAAUGUUCAAAUUAUGAGUACCCCACAACAAAUGAAUGAUCAAGUGGCCUUUGAAGAGUUUCUAAAAGUUGAUACGCAACAUAUUUUGCCUCCUUCUGAAAUGAGACAAAAAAUUAGGAACCUUGUAAAACAAUUGAAGAAUUCAAAGUGA